AUGUUGACAUUCAGCCAUAUGGAUGCAGAAGCAUUUGAGAACCCCAAGAAAAACAACGGUCGGAAAAGACCCCGUUUUCGGGAGCCCGUGGCCUGCAACCAUUGCCGGAAAUCCAAAGUCCGCUGCGAUCGCAAGUCGCCAUGCAAACCCUGCCAAGAUCGUGGACUGGGCACACAGUGCACGUACUCUUGUUCAAAAAGUUCAGCAGUCUCCGACUCUACCAGACCAAUCGUAUCCCCUCGAAGCACAGGGGUCGAUCAACUCGCCUUGGAGCAGCUGACACCCCGCUCUUCUGACGGCGAGACCCUUGAUCCACGAUCGGCGUUGCCCCACCAGACCACCGUCAGUCAUGCCAAUAGUGCGUUUAAAGGGUCGAACUUCAAAACAAGGCUCAUUGGCGGCACUCAUUGGAUGGCCCCCUGCAACGAUUUGCCCAUAAUAGGGGCCAUGCUGGAGAAGACCGUUGAUUUUCAAGUGACGUGGAGAACUUUCACGGAAGUAAAGUCUCUCCUUCACAUCGCAAAUGCAUUACCAGCCGGGGUGAAUGGAGAUGGUAAGAAGCUACUCUAUCUCCUUCCCGACCGAUCGACCUGCCAAAAGUGGAUCAGACGAUUUUGUGAAACAUAUGGUAGAAUCUACCAUGUGAUCGACCACAACUGCCUGAUCACCGAGCUAGACGAAAUAUUGAUGGCAUGUGUCGACGCCAAUGAAGUGCACAUCCUCAAGAUUAUGUUGGUCAUUGCGAUAGCCAUGCAGACCGACAAGUCCGAGCGACUACGCGGGCGCCUACUGCUACAAGAAGCGGAGAGCCGUAUUCACACAUCCACACGGUUCCAAAAACCUUGUAUCGGCGUCAUGCAGGCUUUAUUGUUGUUGAUCAUCAUGAAGACCAUCACUGCCUCUGACACUGACAAAAUUUAUAGCCUCCUAGGUAUCAUGGGGCUGACUACGCAAAUGGCUCUGAGCAUGGGCUUGCAUAGGGAUCCGGCCUUGUUUCCCGGGGUUACUCCUUACUAUGCGGAAGUUCGGAAACGAUUAUGGGCGUGUUUCUUUCGAUUGAACCUCAACUAUUGCAUACGGAGUGGAUCCCACUUUGGUAUUCGACUGGAAGAUGUGGACUGUCCUCUCCCGAGCGCUAUCGACCUUCUAACACUUGACCAAGGACCCAUAACGGACUCAGGUACCUUCUUGAACCAGGUGCAGGAAGCAACGGACCAGGCUUUCAAUAUCGCCGCAAUGAAGCUUGCUAUAGUUAGAGCUCCAUUACACCAGCGACUUUGCUCCACAGCCCCUGGAUUAUCAAGCGAGGUACGGGAUCGAAUGCGCGCUUCUUUCCAAAAGAUCCUGCGUGAGUUGCCUCCGAAUCUGCAAGAGGGAGCUUCGUCAUGCAGUCCAAUUGAAAAGCUUCAGCAGGCCUUGUUAUCAAUGCAUGUACAUAGCUUCAUGAUCAUCAUCACACUCAAUUUCGUCCUAGGAGUCCCGUCUCAUAAUUCACAGCGGGGUGAUCUCUAUGAAGCAUGGGACAAUUCGGUGUCCAUUCUCCAUCAGUCACAGGAGGUGUUACAGAGCGGCUCUGAGCUGUCUAACGUGGCCUACCAUCUACUUUGGACCGACCUUGCCCGAGCAGCAUUGACCGCCUGUUUGGUCGUUGGUCGCCUGCGGCGCAUCAAUCUAGGAACAACCGUCUGCAACAGCCCACAGCCCACGCUGGUCAUUUUUCAACAGCUUUUGCUGAAAUAUUUAGACUCUUUAUCGCAGAUGCUAGCGGAAAGAUACCAUCUCGGACCUGUUGCAGCCAAGACGAGACUUGUCCUUGCUGUCGCGACAACUGUCAGCUCAAGCCUGGUCAACGACUUGGGCGGCUCAAAGCAGGAUUCCAAGUUCUUCCAGGUCGGCGUUAAAGCCGCUGAGGAGGUCACAGCUGAGAUGGAACGUUCUCUAAAACGGGACAACCAGGACUCAACACUAAGCUUGCUGGCAUUCAAUACCGCAAGGACGUCAGCUGCAUCAAGUGUCCCCACCCCCCUUUCGGAAAACUGGAUGGACCAGGCACAACUUCCAGAUCACUUAAUUGAGACUUUGUUUCCAAGCGACUGUGCUUUUUACCAAGAUCCAGAAUGUCCGGGUCUGAGUAUGCAGUCUGAUUUAUAUUCCAUGGCUUUCAAACCCACUUUGACUAUCCAGUCCACGCCUGACCUCUUGUGGGAAGAGGUAUAA